AUUUGUUCCGACAAGUUAGACACUAAACGAUGAAGAUGUUAGUUGCAAACUUGCUGGUGGUCUUCGUGGCUGCGGUCUAUGCGGUUCCGGAGUCUCGCAUUGUUGAUGGGGUGAAGGCUGACGUCGGGGAGUGGCCCUGGCAAUUGGCCCUGUAUGAUGGACUAAACUUCAACUGCGGCGGUUCAAUUGUGGCUGCGACUUGGGGGGUGACUGCUGCCCACUGCGUUGGAAAACUUCCAUCCAUUUACAAAAUUCUCGGCGGAACGAACAGAAACAGCUUGAGCUGUACUUCAGCCAACUGUGUGACCAGGGUUCUAAAGAACGCUACCAGGCAUCCUAUGUACGUUGGCGAUGGAAAUUUGGGUUUCCCGAACGACAUUGCGUACAUGGCGUGGGUGGAGCCAAUCAAGGAAGUCAGCAAUACAACCUUGAACGUCAAAUACAUUCAGAGGGCCACAUCACUCAACUACGUCGGUAAGAACUGCUACAUCACUGGAUGGGGAAGGAUCGUAGGAGGUGGAAGCCUUCCACUGGACCUUUUAGAAGCAAAAAUUGACGUGCUCACUAAGGAACAAUGCCAAAAAAUAUGGGGUACCAAAGUUACUGAUAAACACGUGUGCGUUCAAGAUUUGAAAGAUUACACAUCGGCCUCAUGCAAUGGGGAUUCUGGCGGUCCGCUUGUUUGUGAAGACGCACCUAACGUAUGGAAGUUGGUUGGAGCAACAUCAUGGGGCGUAGUAGGGUGCAGACCUACCUACCCAUCCGUUUACACCAGGAUUUCAUCCUACAACGAUUGGCUCGAUUCCCAGGCAAAAGCAUAAGUUACAUAGCUACAUAAUCUAGACACGGCUUAAAGAAACAACUUUGAAAUAAAAAUUGCUUCAUUAGAUUGCUUUAUUCGAAAUUAUUAAAAAACUUUGAAAUUCUUAUGUUUACUUUAUUAAAUUGUUUUAUUCAAAUUUAUUGAAAAAACUUUGAAACAUAAUCCUAAAAA